AGUUUGGAUGUUAAACCUCCUGAAGAAGAAGAAGAGGAAAAGAAGACGAAGAAGAGCUGCUCUUGUAAUACAUCCAUGCUGAGCAGCGGAGCUAGUUAGCUUCUGGCUAACGUGCAGCUGGAUCUAGCGGGAUGUCUGCAGCCUCUAAAGUUGUUCUGGGAGUGUCUGUGGUUCUGACUCUGAGUAUCGUGUCCGGCGUUCACCUCAAACAGACCUGGGACCGACAGCGUCUCCACGAGGGCGUCGUCAGAGAUCUGGAGCGGCUGGAGAGGAAGAAGGAGAACCUGAGGCUGCUGGAGGAGCAGAGGACGCUGACCAUACAGCUGGAGGAGGAGAGACGACGCUCCGCCCACAGGACAGCACUCGCCACUGAACCAGGUGAGUGACAGUGACGAGCUCAGAAAUGGACAGCAGCGGCGAGCAGCUGGGCGGCGGCGAGGACGAGGCGGCCUGUACGUCGGCCUCAGAG